GGGGAUGAGCAGAGGGACGACGGCUGAAGCUGAAACACAAGAACACAGUUGAAGUAUUUGUUUUUACUCCGGUGAACAGGCCUGAGGAGCCGGAUUUUGUUCAUCCAGCAGAAAGAUGUUCUGAGAUGUGGGUCUGAUCCAUCAGGCUGGGUCACCAUCUGAACACAUCUGCUUGAGAGCCUCGGGUACACCUCCCUGCUGUCCAUGUCUCGUGUGGACAGCCUGGUCCAUCAGCAUCCACACAUGCAUCAGCAGGACCAGCAGCGAGCCUUCACCUCCACCCUGCACCACCCGUCACCCAUCCUUCCAGCUGCAGUCACGAGAGCUCAGGACAGAAACGUCAACACGCAUCCUCCCAGGGGAUCAGGGGCCUGCUUUUCUGCCCUCCGUCCCCUCCAGAGCACAACCCAGAGGUCCUCCAGACCAGUGAGACACCGGCGGUGGGCUGCACAGCAUGUCUGCAUCGCAUGGAGGAUUUACUACCACAAACAAUUUGAGAAAAUGCAGCAAAAAUCCAAACAUCUUGGUCUGCUGGGUCCAGUACAGCCCAAAGAGUCUCAGCAGCCGUCCUGCAAACACCCAGAUUUAGACUCUCCACGUGGACUCUGGGCAUAUGAAAACAUUGAUGGCAGUUGUGAAACUGGAAACAUGGCAGUAAGUAUAACUCCAAACAGAAGUGGGCCCUCCUACCUUCAUCCAUGUUGUGUGACACCGUUGGAGGGCGUCCCACAACCCGGCAGGCCGCUCUGGGAAGAAAAACCUGUCAAGGAGGAACACACGGGUAGCCAAACUGACACGAGAAAGCACUUACCUCUCAGAGGAAACUCCUGGGAUGCUGAGAUGAUUCCUGAGCUGAAAGGAAGGAGCAGAGGCUCACUGGACAGGAAGAGGCAGCUCGAGAGGGAAAACUUCAUUAAAGUUAAGAGGAUGAAGAAGGAAACUGAAGACAGUUGGUCUGGAUCUUCUGCGACUUUGCACUCCGACUCAUCUUCAGUUACAGCUCUUGCACAUCCAUUCUUACACACCGCACAAGUGCAACACAUUAGCAGCUUGUGUGUUCUGUAUCCCAACGGCUGUAAAUGCCUCAUCUCCUAUCCAGGCACUGAGCUGCAUCCUUAUUCAUGGGAGCCCACAUGGAGCAACAGAGGGGAGUUCUUAGGGACAUUUUGUCCAAGAUCGAACAACUACAUGAACACUUUUAAUGGUUUCUUUCCAGCACCACUUUAUUUGCCCAUUUCCCCGGAGCAGGAAACACUUUACCUCAGAGAAAGGGACAUACUCUGUCACUUUAAUAACCACUGUUAUGACAACUGGAUGUCCUCAGUUGCUCGAUUUAAAAACAAACAUAACAGAACAGCUCCACCCAGGACAACAGUUACUGAUUCAUGGUGAGUCUGUGUAUCAUUUCAGUAGCUUCUCAUUAAGAGCAGGGAGGAAAAAAGAGGAUUCCUUAUGAAGAAUAAUGAUCUUAACAUUUGACACAUGUUGUAAUGAUUCACAUGCUAAACAAGGCACUUCAUUAAACAUA